AUGGUGGGCGUGCAAGAGAGCAAAGGUUCUGAACUUUAUCCACCGCUUAACGUGCAGGCAGGUUACAGGCACAUCGACUGUGCACAAGCAUACAACAACGAAAAGGAGGUCGGAUUGGGUCUUAAGAGAGUGCUCGACGAGGGCGUAGUCAAGCGUGAGGAUCUCUUCAUCACCUCCAAGCUCUGGAACACCAACCAUGCGCCGGAGGACGUCCCUGUUGCACUGGACGGCACGCUGAAAGCCCUGCAAACCGACUAUGUGGAUCUUUACCUUGUCCAUUGGCCAGUCAGGAUGAAGAAAGGCGCCGGCUUUGGCCCGCAAAGCGUCAUCCCGUCGGAUAUUCCGGCGACGUGGGCCGCGAUGGAGAAGCUGUACGACGCCGGCAAGGCGCGCGCCAUCGGCGUCAGCAACUUCUCUUCCAAGAAGCUGGCGGACCUGCUCGCCGUGGCGCGCGUGCCCCCCGCAGUGGACCAGGUGGAGUGCCACCCCGUGUGGCAGCAGGGCAAGCUCCGCGCCUUCUGCGAGUCCAAAGGGAUACACCUCUCGGCCUACUCGCCGUUGGGCUCGCCGGGCACGGCCUCAGUGAAGGCCGGCGCGGUGCUGGAGCACCCGGCCGUCGUGUCGGCGGCGGAGAAGCUGGGGAAGACGCCGGCGCAGGUGACGCUGCGCUGGGGCAUCCAGAUGGGGCACAGCGUGCUCCCGAAGAGCACCAACGAGGAGAGGAUCAGGGCCAACCUCGACGUCUACGAUUGGUCCAUCCCGGACGACCUGCUCGCCAAGCUCUCCGAGAUCGAGCAGGAGAGGUUGAUUCGCGGGGACUUCUUCGUGCACCCGGAAGGCGUGUUCAAGUCCAUCGAGGAGUUUUGGGAUGGCGAGAUCUGAGUGGCUGACGGGCAGGUCAAGGGGGAAAAAUUACUUGGCCAGGCGUACAAGAAUAACUUUGUCUGAACUGUGGCAGAAAUGAAGUGUACGUGUAACCGGUAAUCCAAUAAAUUGCGCUUUUGCUGGCAUUAGCAUGGGUUUUGCCGAGGCUGAAA